AUGGAACAGCUAAGCCAGGAAGGAUCCGGCUCAACUGAGCAAGACGAGCAUCUGCCAGUCAUUCCAUUUCAAUUUGAGCAACUGACCAGAGAGUGUGAUAUGAGAUUUUACACUGGCAUUCCUUCAAUGGCAGCAUUCAAGUGUUUAUUUGAUCACUUGUCUCCUAAAGCAAGGAACAUGCAAUACUGGAGAGGCCCACAGCAAACAGAACGAGAAUCUAGACCUGUUUCACCCCUUGACGAAUAUCUUGCAACUGGGAUUAGAACAGGAAUUUCUCUGUACCCUCAUCAGACUCAGACUUGCACUAAUGACUGA